UUCAUUUCUUCUUCCCUCGAAGAUGCACGAAAGGGCAUUUGACUAGUUCGUUAUUAGGGCAUGGUCCCGAAAUCCGAGGGAGCCAAGUUAAAAACAAACCUUCAGCGUAUAAAACCAUGAUCUUGAUGCUCCCCCCCCUUACGACGAAGUGAUUCUUGCAAUCACCGAGUAUGUGUAUGAAUACAAAGUAACGUCACCUUUGGCUUGGAGACGUGCUAGGGUUGCUUUACUCGAUGCCAUGGCCUGCGUCGUUGAAUGCGCGCCGGUUACUUCAACCUUCACUGGACCAGUGAUCAAGAAUACUGUUGUCCCUAACGGCUUUCCCCUCCCUGCCACCUCUUAUGUUCUCGAUCCUUUGAAGGGGGCAUUUGAUCUCGGGUCUAUGAUUCGAUAUUUAGAUCAUAGCGAUGCCUAUGGUGGCGCAGAGUGGGGCCACCCUUCGGAUAACAUUGGGGCUAUUCUCCCCAUCGCCGAUUGGCUGAGCAGAACAGGGGAAAUACCUCUGAAGAUGCGAGAUGUUCUCGAGGCUAUUAUCAAGGCGUAUGAGAUCCAAGGCGUGUUUCAGGCAAAGAAUGCCUUCAACAAGCUUGGCAUUGACCAUGUCCUCCUUGUCAAAGUUGCCUCCACCGCCGUGGUGUCCAAAUUAUUUGGUUUGACUCGACAGCAAGCCAACGCUGCCGUCAGCCAAGCAUUUGUCGAUGGACAUCCUCUCCGUAUCUAUAGACAAUCCCCGAAUACAAGUCCUCGUAAGGGCUGGGCAGCUGGCGAUGCUUGUAUGCGUGCAGUCCACCUUGUUUUUAUGACGAAGUCUGGUCAGCCGGGCUUCCCCACUGCUCUGACUGCUCCGAAAUGGGGCUUCUACGAUGCCUUAUUUCGCGGGCAGCAGUUUGUUUUACCCCGCCCAUUUACUUCCUCGGUGAUCGAGACCGUAUUCUUCAAGUUGUAUGCAGCUGAGGGGCAUGGAAUAUCCGCCGUGGAAGCUGCCGUCACACUCUCGAAACUGCUUGAAGGACGCCUUGACGAGAUCGAGUCCCUGCAAAUUCGUACUCAGCAGGCUGCAAUGAUAAUCAUUGACAAGAGGGGUCCUUUGUACAACGCUGCCGAUCGCGACCAUUGCAUGCGCUACAUGAUUGCGGUCACAUUACUCAAAGGGGAUUGGCCAGACGUACAGGACUACGAGGAUGCGUCUCCAUACGCCUCCAGUGCUGACGUUGAAGCGCUGAGACAAAAGAUUACUAUGGAAGAAGACCUGGAGAUGACAAAGGACUACCAUGACCCGAAGACAGGGAAGGUAGCUAGUGGUCUUACUGUGACGAUGAAGGAUGGCUCUGCAUCGGGCGAAGUGUUGGUGGAGCGACCUGUCGGUCAUCCGUGGAGGGAAGACACUAUUGAGCUAGUCGCUCAGAAGUUCGUCAGGCUUACGAGUAGCUUGCUAAAAGAGCCUCGUACAGUUUGGGAGAGAAUAAUGAGCGAUAGUUUUGAGCAGGAAGAUGUGAAGGAUUGGGUAGACUUGUUUUCGUUGAAAGAGUCCUAGGAUGGCAACGUACAGGCAGGAUUCCAAAGGUUUAAUCAUUAAACGAUGUUGAAUGCUAUACGAAUAGUCCACUUUCGAUAACCAUUGUCUUGCAGUCCAUGAUGAUUGGUGUUUCAUCUUAUA